UGCAGCAGCAGCAGCAAGCCCUCCCCCUCCGCAGCUUCUCCAGCAGUAUGCCCGACGUUCAAACGGAAGCAGACGCUACCAUUUUGAAACACAGCACCGCUAAGCGCUAUGGACAAGAGCCACACAGUGAAGCUUUUUGUGGGAAACCUGGCUCUGGACAGCACCCAGGAAGAGCUGUCAGCCAUUUUUGAACCGUAUGGCCAGGUUGUCAGCUGCAGCGUGCUGCGACAGUUCGCCUUUGUUCACCUGCAGGGCGAUGGAGCCGCCGAUCGAGCCAUUCGGGAGCUCAAUGGGAGAGAGUUUCGAGGACGGAAUCUGGUGGUGGAGGAGUCGAGGGGGAGGCCGUUGCACUCCACAAAAGUGUUUGUGGGUAAUCUGAGUGGGAUGUGCACCACUGAGGACCUCAAGCAGCUGUUCCAGACAUUCGGGAAAGUCCUUGAGUGUGACAAAGUCAAAGGCUAUGCCUUCGUUCACAUGGAAAACAAGGAAGACGCUCUUCAGGCCAUUGAGGCUUUGCACGGUACUUCGUUUAAGGGCCGACCGCUGUCUGUAGAGCUAUCCAAGGUCCAACCCAGCAAGCAGACACCCACGGGGAAAAUCCCAUGCGUUAACUGCGGGAAGCAGGGCCAUUAUGCUGGAGAAUGUCCUGUGGGCAAGCCGUCUUUAGAGCAGUACCAGAGCCAGGCUGCAGUCCUGGCCGCUGCUGCCGCCGCAGCUGCCGGCCUGCCUCUGCAAGUUCAACAGAGCGUGCACAAUUCAGUCUACAACACGUCCACCUUUGACCCCACGUACGCAGCUCUCACAGGAAUCACCACUGGCACACGUACUGAUGGAAACCCGGUGAAUCCGGCUGUCUACGGCGCCCUUGCCAGCCAGGUGUAUGGUGCUAACGUGGCCAACCAGCUCUAUGGGACCGUGGCGAGCCAGGCAACUCUUACAUCAGGCGCCACACAGGUGUACACCUCAGUGACCCCCAAUAUCUAUGGCCAGGUGGCUGCAUCUCCAGCUGCUGCUGCUGCAGCGGCGGCUGCUGCUUACACAACUCAAGUUUACACCCCGACUGUAGCCAACCACCCUGUGUACUUGGCAGCUGCUCCAGGAAUAGAGAUGCCAGCAGCAGCAGCUACAGUGAACCCUGCUUACUCUGUAGCCCCUGCGAUUUAUGGUGCUGCCACCCCAGCCUACGCUCACAUCAGCGCCAUGGGAGCAGCAGAUCCAGCCUCAGCCCUGUUUGAGGCUGCAAGGCAGGCUCACUACUUUGCCCAAGGCCAGCAGGUUGUGGCUGAUCAGCAGACAGCUGCUGUGGCAGCCGCUGUGGCCAAGUCAGGAGAGAGAGACCGUAGUCCUUUACGCAGGUCGACACCACUUCUGCCAGACCCGGUUAUGAAGCCAUUCAUAUACCAGCGGGCCAAGCCACGCAGACCCUUGCUUCCGACACCAGCUGGCCGUGCCGCAGAAGAGGCGGUAGAGGCACCAGAAGACCAGAUGGCCAGGUACUACGCCGAGUACUACCAGCAGUUGCAGCAGUACCCUCAGUUCCAGUAUGCCUACCCAUCGAACACAGUGGCAGCCAUUGCUGGCAUGCCUGGAGUCACGGGAGUCCCCGCGAUGUCUGCCCAGCCAGUCGCUACGCUGGAAGCCCUCAGGCCAGUGGUCCCCACUGCUGCCGCAGUGGCAGCUGCCAUGGCUGCGCCCAGGGUGUAUGAGCCGCCGUUGCCGCCGCCUACGCGCAAGGAGGCCAUCCUCCACCGCCCCGAACUCUCCCUUCACACGCCUGAGCCCCCCUUCCGAUAGUUGCACUCAACUGUCUGCCCCUGCCCCCUCUCCCUCUUUGCCCUGAUCCCUCACCCCUACAUACCUUUUCCACUCAAAACUUGACCACCUCUGUGUGUAUGCGAGUGUGUGUGUUUGUGUGCCUGGGGACUGGCUGGGGGAUAUAAAACUGAGGGCUGUUGGGCUUAAUAACUUGCUUUACGACUGGGCUGAUCGGCUAACCUUGGUCCAGUUUGCAUGACCACAGUGCAGCUUUGAAGACAGGCCUUCAUCUAUUUUUAUGGGCAUUCUGUGUGCUUUUCUGUUUUAACUUAUCGUGCCAGUCUCACACUUGUGCCAGUAUUAGACUGACUGAGUCAGUCGUUUCUUUUGCCUUUAUUUCUGCAACCCAGUUAUGAUUUUCUAGGGCCAAAUCUCCAGUAAUUUACAUCAGCCAUUCUACUUAGGCCUAGAUGAUCAGAUAGGGCAGCUAAUUUGAAACCUUUUUUGCCUUAUGUUGACGAGUACCAAUUUGUAAUGUUCUUAGAUGAAAUGUACACUUGUUGUGUACCAGCUGCAUUGUACUGUGUCCAACAGAACCAAGGUUAAAGUAUUUUGGGGAGAUUGCUUGUCCUGGAUGGGAUAUGGAUGUUGUACGUGUGAUUGCGUGAGACGUGGGGGCUCUUGAUUUUGCAGCGCACAAACGCAGCGGCAGCAGCUAAGACUGCGCUUUGCAGAGAAAAAAAAAAACAAUAAACGUAAAGCACACAUAGACGUACUGUAAUGUUCAUUCAUAUCUAUCCUCGCCCCCUUCCUCUUGAGUCUCAUCCUCACCUUUAAACUACGACACUGAAAGACACUGCUUCACCUUUUCCUCUUCCUAACGACAGCUGCCUACCUCUUAUUGUAAAUUUCAUUGUAGAUUGUAUUCUAUUCUGUACGUCUCCACACAUUUCACCCUAUCAGCAAUUGCAGCUCCAUGUAAAGCUACAUCAGUUCAAAGUCUGGGUAGCUGGAUUUUGUUUUUGUUUUUCUUAUGUAUUGUAUUUGGUCCUCUUUCAUGUUCAGAGGCCUUUUAAAACACAGAAAAAAGUGUUAAGAGUUUGUUUCCAACAUUAUAGUUUACCUGUGAUAUAAGUGAGCGUAUGGGAUGUGAUGAGUUUUCAACAAGAAAAACAAUGCGUAACUACUGAACAAGUUUACAGAAGAGCUUUGGAUUGCAUCCUUUUAGAAACCAUUAUAUCUGACAAGGUCAGUCAUGUGCCUCAAAGCCUUUAGUGAAGUGCAUUAAGUGGAGGGAUCUCCCAUUUUAAGUGCUUUUUUUUUUUUUUUUUUUUUAAUCAUUUCAACUAAAGCAACAGGAGCCUCAAAGCUCAGAAUCCAGAGGGCUACAAGUGGUAAAGCUUCCACACCUCCUAAUGGGUCUGUUUAUUGCAAACGGUUUUUUUUUUU